GUGGAUCGGUGAGGCGUCGGUGGGCGCCGUUCCCUGCUUCUUCACCUCGCUGGUGUCUCGGCGCUGACAAGCGGCGGCCGGCGGGAUGGAGAAAAGCAGGAUGAACCUGCCCAAGGGGCCGGACACGCUCUGCUUCGACAAGGACGAGUUCAUGAAGGACGACUUCGACGUCGAUCACUUCGUUUCUGACUGCCGGAAGCGUGUGCAGCUGGAGGAGCUGAGAGAUGACCUGGAGCUCUACUACAAGCUUCUUAAGACGGCCAUGGUGGAACUCAUCAACAAGGACUAUGCGGAUUUUGUCAACCUCUCCACAAACUUGGUUGGCAUGGACAAAGCCCUCAACCAGCUCUCCGUGCCUCUGGGACAGCUGCGGGAAGAAGUUCUGAGUCUCCGGUCGUCUAUCAGUGAAGGUAUCCGAGCAGUAGAUGAACAGGUGUCUAAACAAGAGGACAUUCGGGAGAAAAAGAUGUGUGUGUUGAGACUUAUACAAGUUAUUCGAUCAGUUGAGAAAAUUGAAAAGAUCUUAAAUUCUCAAAGUUCCAAAGAAACAUCUGCACUGGAAGAACGCAGCCCACUUUUGACAGGACAGAUUUUGGAGAGAAUUGCUACAGAAUUUAACCAGUUACAGUUUCACGCUGUUCAAAGCAAAGGCAUGCCUCUUCUGGACAAAGUAAGACCACGCAUCGCCGGCAUCACGGCCAUGCUGCAGCAGUCCCUGGAGGGCCUCCUGCUGGAGGGCCUGCGGACCUCCGACGUGGACAUUAUACGGCACUGCUUACGGACCUACGCCACCAUCGACAAGACCCGGGACGCGGAGGCGCUGGUCGGCCAAGUGCUGGUGAAACCAUACAUAGAGCAGGUGGUUACGGAGCAGACCGUGGAGUCUCAUCCCAAUGGCCUUCAGAUCAUGUAUAACAAACUCCUGGACUUUGUCCCUCACCACUGCCGCCUUCUGCGAGAAGUCACGGGCGGAGCCAUCUCAAGUGAAAAAGGCAAUACUGUUCCUGGAUAUGACUUUUUGGUGAAUUCUGUCUGGCCAGAAAUAGUGCGAGGACUAGAAGAGAACUUGCCCUCACUUUUCAACCCUGGAGACCCUGACGCAUUUCACGAGAAAUACAGCGUAAGCAUGGAUUUCGUGAGAACAUUCGAACGGCAGUGUGGAUCCCAGGCCAGUGUCAGAAGGUUGAGAGCCCAUCCCGCCUACCACAGCUUCAACAACAAGUGGAGCCUGCCCGUGUAUUUUCAAAUCAGAUUUAGAGAAAUAGCGGGAGCCUUGGAAGCAGCGCUUACGGAGGGACUGGAAGACGCUCCAGCCGGGAGCCCCUACUGCCUGGCGGCUUCGCACUGCACGUGGAGCAGCCUGCAGCGGUGCUGGUCGGCGCAGCUGUUCCUGCCGGCGCUGGCGCACCGCCUGUGGAGACUCACGCUGCAGGUGUUGGCGCGGUUCUCCGUGUUCGUCAGCGAGCUUUUACUCAGGCCCAUCUCUAACGAAAGUGCCAAGGAUAUUAAAAAACCCGUGGUAACGGUUGGCAAAGACCCUUCCGCCGCCCAGGGAAGCGGUGAGGACCAAGGAAGCGGCCCUCCCGAAGCGAAGCCUGUCGCUUCCAUCUCCAGCUCCCAGCUUGUGUAUGUCGUCGCCGACCUGGACAGGCUUCAGGGGCAGCUUCCAGAACUCUUGGAAACAAUCAAGCCAAAACUAGAAAUGAUUGGCAUUAAGAAUUUUUCUUCUAUCUCAGCAGCCCUGGAGGACUCCCGGCAGGCCUUGUCGGCCUGCGUGCCCGCCCUCGGCGGCCGGAUCGUCCAGGACUUGAGCGAGUCCUGCUUCAGUGACCUGAGGGGCGCCCUGGAGGUCCCCCGGCUCUACCGGAGGACCAACAAGGAGGUGCCAACGACGGCUUCCUCGUACGUGGACAGCGCCCUGAAGCCCUUUCACCAGCUUCAGAGCGGGCACCGGGACAGGCUGAAGCCCGCAGUUGUUCAGCAGUGGUUAGAAGGCGCCCUCUCGGAGAGCACUCACAAGUACUACGAGACCGUGUCCGACGUGCUGCAUUCUGUGAAGAAGAUGGAGGAGAGCCUGAAAAGGCUAAAACAAGCCCGGAAAACCAACCCUGCCAACCCCAGUGGGCCCAGCAGCGGCGGUGGCAUGAGUGACGAUGACAAAAUCCGGCUGCAGCUGGCCUUGGACGUUGAGUACCUAGGGGAACAGAUACAGAAGUUGGGCCUGCAGACGAAGGACAUAAAAGGCUUCCCAGCGCUCGCGCAGCUCGUUGCUGCCGCCAAGGACCAGGCCGCAGCGGAGCGGCCGUAGGCAUCGGGGCCGCGGAGAGCCGGGCACCAGGCCAGGCGCCCGCAGGAAGAAAGCGGCUCUGUUCUCUGCAGCCCGAGCCUCGGAGUGGACGCAGUGUCCCCGCCGGGUCCCGAGCGACUCGCAGGCCCAGCUCAGCCCGCACGUUUGGGUUUUCUUUCACCCAAAAAGAACAAACAAGCCUUUUUCCGUUGUAUGGAAGAUAGUUUUUAAGACAUUUGAAACUUUCUACUAGAGUUUACAGAGCAAAUUAUUUUAUUUUUAUUGUAAACCUUAGUGAGGAAAAGCUGAUUUGUAAAAUAGGAUUAAAGUAAAUGUAUAUACGCAAACGCAGAACGGGUUCUCCCUGGCCCGCGGCAGAAGCAGCGCCCUCUCCAAGACACGUGUCGAUGGACCCCUGAGCGCGGCUAGAAAAUGCCGGCUCCCCACCCUCCCACUGGGUGUGUCAGGCAGUGCUCUGGCAUGCGGUCCACCCAGCCCUCUGUCAGGAGCUGGAGCCAGUCAGGGGGGUUUAUUUUCUGAAUAAAUGAAGUACCUGCCCAGAGCAUGCACACCUUUU